AAUUAAUUAUUUCAUGAAUAUGAACGAAUAUUAUAAAUGAAACAAGUGAUUUGUACCUUGUUUGAUUCGUGUAGUCGACCCCACUUAGUGGUAUAAGUGUUGUUCGUUGUUGUUGUUGUAUAUGCUAGAGGAGACCCAUUACGAAGCACAAACAUUCCUUGGAUUAGUCGAACUCGAAGUUGGACACGUGUUGUGUCCGACACCAACACAUAUAAUUACACUGAACUACGUGAUUUUCUCAAAUUUUUAUCCGUGAGGUAGGGGUUUAAUGAGUUGGUUUGGUUUGAUUUUUGGGAGAAAAAAAAAAUCUGAGCCAAUAAAAAAUAGUAGUAGUUUUGCUCUGGUUUGUUUUUUGCUUUGUAAACAGAAUGGGAAAAUUAUGAUUUCACAUCUGAAAGUUUUGUUUGUGGACUACAUUGGGCUGGAUGAGAGUCCAUCACUACAACAACAGCCAAACCUUUUCUCACUAAGUGUGGUCGGCUACAGGGAUCAAAUUACGUCAUAACGUUCUAUCUGAAAUCAUAUUUGGAUCCAUCAGAGUCCAUUAGUAAGUCUUGAAAAAUUCUGACCAUCCUCAAAUGAAACCUUUUUGACAGUGAAGGCAUAACUUUCGGAGGAAUUUUUCUCACUCUAAAAGCACUUUGGAAGUACGCAUCCCAUAAAACAUAAUUUGUAUACUCUAAAUGUGUAUUUUCUAACAAAAACACAAUUUUCUUCUUGUUUAAAUGUAUAUUUAUGAAAUUAUGUGCGGGUGUUUAGAAAGACAGGUGAGUGAAGUUCUCUCUAGCUUUCCCUAUUACUUAUCUGUGGUAAAACAACUAAACUGUACUUCAAUUGCUGAUAACAAUCUGAUUAUAGAUAUGUGUAAGGUUUCCAUUCAAGUCCCUUGAAUAUUUGAGAUUUGAGGAUAUGGUCAACUGGGAGGAAUGGAUAUGUGUAAGGUUUCCUUUGCUUAUAGAGCUUUCUAUAACAAAUUGUCCUAAACUGAAAGGCACCCUGCCUCAACAUCUUCCUUCUUUACAAAAAUUGAAUAUUAGUGGUUGCAAAGAGUUGGAGGAAUGGUUAUGUCUUGAAGGGUUUCUUUCUCUUAAAGAGCUUUAUAUAAGUCAUUGUUCCAAAUUCAAAAGAGUAUUGCCUCAACUUCUUCCACAUCUUCCAUCUUUACAAAAAUUGCGGAUCAAUGAUUGCAACAUGUUGGAGGAAUGGUUAUGCCUUGGAGAGUUUCCUUUGCUUAAAGAUAUUUCUAUAUUCAAAUGUUCUGAAUUGAAAAGGGCUCUGCCACAACACCUUCCUUCUUUACAGAAACUGGAGAUUAGAGAUUGCAACAAGUUGGAAGCAUCAAUUCCUAAGUGUGAUAAUAUGAUAGAGUUAGAUAUACGGAGAUGUGAUAGAAUUUUGGUAAAUGAAUUGCCUACCAGUUUGAAAAAGUUAGUCCUUUCUGAAAAUCAGUACACCGAGUUCUCUGUGGAGCCAAACUUAGUCAACUAUACCAUUCUUGACGAGUUGAAUUUGGAUUGGAGUGGUUUUGUAAAGUGUCCUUCUUUGGAUUUGUGUUGUUAUAAUUCUCUUGGUGAUCUUUCAAUAAAAGGAUGGCACUCCUCCUCCUUGCCUUUGGAACUACACUUGUUCACCAAACUUCAUUAUCUGUAUCUGUACGAUUGUCCAGAGCUGGAAUCGUUUCCAAUGGGUGGUUUGCCUUCCAACUUGAGGAGCCUUAAAAUAUACAAUUGCCCAAAACUGAUUGGUUCGAGAGAGGAGUGGGGUUUGUUCCAACUCAGUUCCUUGUUAGAAUUCUCUGUUAGUGAUGAGUUUGAAAAUGUGGAGUCCUUCCCAGAGGAGAAUCUGCUACCACCAACUCUUAUGUUUCUUCAUUUGUAUAAAUGUUCAAAGCUAAGGAAAAUGAACAACAAGGGUUUUCUCCACCUCAAAUCUCUCAAAUCUCUAUCUAUUAACAACUGCCCUAGUCUUGAGAACUUGCUAGAGGAGGCUCUACACUUGUUCACCAAACUUGAUUUUUUGUAUCUGGUCGAUUGUCCGGAGUUGGAUUCAUUUCCUGAGGGAGGUUUGCCUCCCAACUUGAGCUCCUUUGGAAUAUAUAAUUGCCCAAAACUGAUUGGUUCAAGAGAGGAGUGGGGUUUGUUCCAACUCAAUUCCUUGAAAUCUUUCUUUGUUACUGAUGAGUUUGAAAACGUGGAGUCCUUCCCAGAGGAGAAUCUACUACCAUCAACCCUUGAGACUCUUUAUGUGGAAAAUUGUUCAAAGCUAAGAAUAAUGAACAACAAGGGUUUUCUCCACCUCAAAUCCCUCAAGGCUAUGCGUAUUUUCAGCUGCCCAAGUCUUGAGCGCUUGCCAGAGAAGGAGGCUCUACCCAACUCUCUUGAUGAAUUGUGGAUUGAUGAUUGUUUAAUAAUAAAGGAGAAGUAUGAAAAGGAGGGAGGAGAGCGUUGGCAUACAAUUUGUCACAUCCCUCGUGUGUUGAUUGACGGAAUUAGGCCGGAAUGAGAAGUUAUGGGUCCCACUUUUGGUCAAACCUUUUUGGUUCUGAAUGAUAAGAGGGAUUCUGCGUUUGGAACGGUGUGAGGGUAGUUUGGGAAAUGAUUAUUGUGGUGAUUUUGUUAAAGAUUUAUUUAUUGGAGUGUGUUGGUGAUUCAAUAUCUGCUCAAAUUUAUCUUCUUCAUCAUCAGUUGAAUGGCAUAAUAAUGAAAACCAUCGAGAUAACUUUGCAUCAAGAACUGAAGGAAACUAGGGAAUUGAUCCUUCACAUUCUAACCCAGAAUAUGAACCAGACAUUCUCAUGUUGUUGAGUUUUGCUUUCAAACAUAGUAUGUGUCCAUAAUAUUACUGCCUGCCACUCGACAAAAGUCCUCUUACCCAUGUGGACUGUGUUCUCUUCAGAUUGGUAGAUGCUGAUUCUGCUAAGGAUAGAUUGCAGCUGAAGAACAAAGUAACUGCAAGAGCAUGUCCUGUCUUAACAACCAAGUUUUCAAAAUCAGCUUGUUUUGUUUGCUAACCUCCCGGACGUUUAUGGAAUAUCCAAUUCCUUUUCAUGAGAUUACUGUGAUGCUUAUGGAAGGAUGCCAUUUUUCUGUUUGAAGUUGUCGACAAUAUGGUUUCAAUUGCAAAUCUCUCGCUGAAUUGAAGACUGAUUAAGCGAGAACAAAUUGAACACUUGCCUAUGUUCCCAAACUGAUAAGAAUUGAAGGAAAGUCUCAGGAGACGAUGAUAUAAAGAAAAGUUCAAAGAGGGUAAAGACCGAGAAAUGAGUCAAAGGAACAAUGUUUGCAAGCUAUUGUUGAGUAUGAUAUCAUAGUUUGUUGUGUAAUGGCGACUGGGGGUAUGGUUCAGGGGUGAUGUUGUAAUCUGGACAAUAGUGUUUAAUUAUACACAAGUUGUGCAUUGUAAACCUUAAUCUUUCACUCAUAAUAAAAAGGAACUGCAGCUUCUCUGCAGUCGGAGAUGUAGGCAAUAUUGGCCGAACUUCGUUACCAAA